AUGGGUUUCACUGAGAAGCAAGAAGCUUUAGUUAAUAGCUCAUGGGAAUUAUUUAAACAGAAUCCUAGUUAUAGUGUUUUGUUCUACACCGUUAUAUUGAAAAAAGAACCCGCAACAAAAGGAAUGUUCUCAUUUCUUAAGGAUUCGGCUGAAGUUGUGGAUAGUCCUAAACUUCAAGCCCAUACUGAAAAAGUUUUUGGAAUGGUGACUGUAAUCCGUAUUCAAUAUUAUUCCACUUUGAGUAUAACAUUGAGUGUCAUUCACAUUCAGAAGGGAGUUGUUGAUCCUCAUUUUGUGAUGAUUAAAAAGGUUUUGCUAGAAACCGUAACAGAGGCAUCCGGAGAUAAAUGA